AUGCACGCGCGCGGAACGCCUUCGAGUCAGAGGAACGACGGAUUGGAAAAAGAGAACGCGCAGGCGUCGUCGCGAGGGAUGAAGAGUGCGACGCCACCGAGCGGGAAGACACCGGGACGAAGUGGUCUGCAGUCGAGAACGGAGAAUGCGAGCGAGAGCGGACGAGGCGACGAGCGAGAGGCGACGAAGGAGUGGACUCUUGACGACUUCGACAUCGGGAAGCCGCUGGGUAAGGGCAAGUUCGGGUCGGUGUACUUGGCGAGAGAAAAGAGAAGUAAGUACAUCGUCGCACUCAAGGUGUUGCACAAGUCGCAGCUGUGCGCGUCGCACGUGGAGCAUCAGUUGAGGAGAGAGAUUGAGAUACAGUCGCACCUGAGACAUCCAAACAUCUUGCGACUGUACGGAUACUUCUACGACAACACGCGAGUAUUCUUGAUCUUGGAAUACGCCGCAUUGGGAGAAUUGUACAAGGAGCUGCAGCGUGCGAAACGGUUCAGUGAACGGAAGAGCGCGACGUACAUUGCGUCUCUCGCGCGCGCGCUCAUUUAUUGCCACAAGAAGCAUGUCAUUCAUCGGGACAUCAAGCCCGAAAACUUGCUCGUGGGCAUCAAGGGCGAGCUCAAGAUUGCUGAUUUCGGUUGGUCCGUGCAUGCGCCAAAUAGCCGUCGUCAGACGCUGUGCGGGACGCUUGACUACUUGCCGCCUGAGAUGGUGGAGGGUCGUGACCACGACUACGCCGUCGACGUGUGGUCACUCGGCGUGCUGGCGUAUGAGUUCUUAGUCGGCACGCCCCCAUUCGAGGCGGAAGGGCACAGCGAGACGUACAAGCGUAUCCUUCGCGUUGAUUUGCAGUUCCCGUCGUACGUGAGCGAAAACGCCAAAGACUUGAUCCGAAGUUUGCUCGUCAAGGAACCGGCGCAGCGUCUGCCGCUCAGUCGACUUUUGGACCACCCGUGGAUCAAGGAAAACGCGUCGCCCAACGGUAUUCCGCUGCCCGAGUGA